CGGUUUUCGAGAUUGAGAAGGUUCCCCAUGAAGAUUUGCAUCCUGAUUACGCUUAUGAAGAGGCUGAUAUGUACAUAUUUCGUAAGAAAAAGAAACAGCAGUAGCUGAAUCCGCGCAACCUUGCUGGGUUCAUUAUUGUUUCUCUGCCCUUGCGGUGAGGGACUGAGGGUGGAAAAGGAUGAGCGGAUUUGGUGCAGAUUGUUCCAUGUUGAGGUCACAAGACAUUUACUCGUGAGGGAUUUGUGCUGGCAAGAGAUCACCCAGCAGCGAAGGAGGGAUUGAAUAGCACUUGAUCCGUUGAUUG